GUUCAUGCGCAGACUGGUAGUGACGUGUAGGCCAUCUUAGAUGCGAGAAUUGACACUCCGAAGGAUUUAGAAAAUACUGGAUUUUCAGCACAAUGCUGUGGUUGUUAUCAUUAAGUUUUCUCUUGAGUUUUUGUAAUGCAUUCUACUUACCAGGUCUUGCUCCUGUCACAUACUGCAAAAAAGGUGAAAGCACAGAAAACGCUGACUGCAAGUCUGACAUACCAGUGUAUGUGAAUAGACUGAAUUCUGUGGAAACUGUUGUGCCUUAUGAAUAUCACAAGUUUGACUUUUGUACGGUGGAUGAAUCUGAUUCCCCAGUUGAAAAUUUAGGUCAGGUUGUCUUUGGUGAGAGAAUAAGACCUUCACCAUAUAAGUUGUCUUUUAAGAAAACAGAAAAAUGUAAGAGUGUAUGCCAGAGAGUUUAUGACCCAAACAGAAAAGAGGACAAGGAGCGACUGAAAUUUCUGAAGAAAGGCAUUGCCAACAAUUACUACCACCACUGGAUUGUGGAUAACAUGCCUGUUACAUGGUGUUAUGAUGUCGAGAACAACCAGAAGUACUGCUCUAGGGGAUUUCCCAUUGGCUGCUAUGUAACAAAGGAGGGAAAAAGGAAAGAUGCCUGUGUCAUAAGUAGUAAAUAUACAGAAAAGGAUACUUACUAUGUCUUCAACCAUCUGGAUAUCCAAAUCUUCUAUCAUAUCCCAGAUGGCUCAGGAUUUGGUUCCAGCUUGGAAAGUUCUGGUGGAGGAAGAAUUGUUUCUGCUAAAGUUAUUCCCCGAAGUGUUAAUUAUCCUGAAAAGGGUUCUCCUAAAUGUGAUGAAGGUGCAAACCCUAUGGGCAUACCAGCAGAAGUAAAAGAGAGAUUGAAGAUGAACUACACAUACUCUGUCAGCUGGGAGACCAGUCCAGUGAAGUGGUCUUCUAGAUGGGAUUACAUAUUGGAGUCUAUGCCUCAUUCAAACAUUCAGUGGUUUAGCAUCAUGAACUCGCUGGUGAUUGUGUUGUUCUUGUCGGGUAUGGUAGCAAUGAUCAUGUUGAGAACACUCCACAGAGACAUAGCUCGUUACAAUCAGAUGGACAAUUCAGAGGAUGCCCAGGAGGAGUUUGGAUGGAAACUUGUUCAUGGAGAUGUGUUCAGACCACCACGUAAAGGGAUGUUGUUGGCUGUCCUGAAUGGAAAUGGCAUUCAAAUAUUUUUCAUGAUGUUCAUCACUCUUGUCUUUGCAUGCCUUGGAUUCCUGUCACCAGCCAAUCGGGGAGCUCUGAUGACCUGCACCCUGGUGCUCUACGUCUGUCUAGGAACACCUGCUGGAUAUGUUUCAGCAAGAGUCUACAAAAUGUUUGGGGGAGAAAAGUGGAAGUCCAAUGUCAUCCUCACAGCAUUCCUCUGUCCAGGAGUUGUGUUUGGUGUAUUCUUCCUGUUGAACCUUGUGCUGUGGGCAGAGGGAAGUAGUGCUGCCAUUCCCUUCUCAACACUGAUAGCAUUGCUGGCUCUGUGGUUUGGUAUUUCAGUUCCACUCACAUUUGUUGGUGCAUAUUUUGGAUACAAAAGAAGGCCAAUUGAACAUCCUGUCAGAACAAACCAGAUUCCCAGGCAGAUUCCCGAUCAAUCAUUUUACACCAGGCCACUUCCAGGAAUUCUAAUGGGUGGUGUCCUGCCAUUUGGCUGCAUCUUCAUUCAGCUCUUCUUUAUUCUCAAUAGUAUAUGGUCGCAACAAACAUAUUACAUGUUUGGGUUCUUGAUGUUAGUUUUCAUCAUCCUCAUUGUGACCUGCUCAGAGGCUACCAUCCUACUUUGUUAUUUCCAUCUUUGUGCCGAAGAUUAUCACUGGUGGUGGCGGUCCUUCCUGACGAGUGGCUUUACAGCUGUCUACUUGUUUGGCUACUGUAUCCACUAUUUUGUUUCCAAACUAGAAAUUCAUGGAGCAGCCAGCACUUUUCUCUACUUUGGUUACACAUUUAUCAUUGUGUUUCUCUUCUUCUUGCUGACUGGAACAAUUGGUUUCUUUGCCUGUUUCUGGUUUGUCUCCAAAAUCUAUGGUGUAGUGAAAGUGGACUAAAGAAGCUGUGGAUUUACUCUGUGAUGUCAAGAAUGGCCAAUAGAGGAGGAUUAUACACUCAUAAAUCUCAUCACAUUUACCUGUCUGUGGUGCAUCAUAUAGGAUUAUAUACUGUACAUCUAUUGAAAAGAACUGUAGCUGUUCAAAAACCAAAUUCCCCAGACACAAGAUAUCUGCAUGAUUGUGUACAUUAUUUUUCCAUGGUAUAGAUUUUGGGAUAAGCAAAGAAUUUUAUGACCUGUUGUAUGUGCAUGUAGUUCCAGUAUGACUUUCAAAAUUCUGUUUCAUUUCAGACGUGUUUCUUGAACAAUCAAAAUUCUGUUUCCUUGGGAUUUUUUUCCUUGAAUAUACCUUAUAUAUUUAUUAUGUCUGAAAGUCAACCCCUCUGUUAACUUGAAAUGAACAACUGUUUUAUGAAAUGUAUUGAAAAAUUGCAGUUUGUAUGUUGUGUAUUUUGAUGGCUGUUUCAAUACUUAAAGAUGGUGUGUUUGAAGUGUGACUCACUCUAGGGUGACCGAUGCUCUAUUGCUUAAUUCCAAACUACUCUGUUGGCUCUUUGCUUUGUUUUGUUUAAAUAUCCAUUAAUCCAACUUUUGGAAGUCAUAGGGAACAUAAUUGUACAUGUUAAUUUAAAUGCUUGCCAUGAACAUUUCAUGAGUGGCUGCACUUCAAAUUCAUGCACCUGGCUGAUAUACUUUUAAGAUUUUAAUACUUGUUUACUUGUAUGUAUGUUGCAUAUGAUAUAUACUCUCUGCAUAUGAUAGUAUGUAAAAGUCUUUGAAUGUCAGUUGAAAUCCGUUAUAUUGUAUAUCAUUAUUUGUGUAUUCUUUGACUUGUCAAGUCUUUCUGCACAUUUGUCCAUUGUAAAAAGAACCGGAUGAUGAGGAAGCUGUUUUAUACUGUACAGAUAACCUAGAGUACAUGUAUAUAACAUGUGUCAUUUGAUAUUUUCUGUGUGGUGUGUUGUCCAGUUGAGGGCUUAGCCAUCAGUAGAUGUGUUACAUAUCAUGAUUAAGCUGGUGGGAAGGGGGGGGGGGGGGGGGUAUAAUGAAUGGGUUGAAUUUUCCGAGGGUUUUGUUUCACUGACCAGGUAACACUUCAUUGCUGGAUGUAGUACAAUUGACUUUUUCAGUGUGAUGCCUACAGAAUGUUGUAAAUCACUUGUAAUAGUUUGGGAGACUAUUUUUGUUAUAUUGCCUCAUCAGAUUUUUCAGUGAAACGCAAUCAUAUUUUUUUUUUUAUUUGUUCAUCACUGUGUAUUUAUGGAAAAUAAUUUCACAAAAAAAUCUAUUUUCACAUCAAUACAACCUCUAAUAAAGCGUGGUAUACAAUAUUACUAUGUCUAUGUAUUUGUAUGAGUUGAUGUUAACACUAUUUUUUGUGUGGAAAAUUUGGUAGUUAUUGGGUAUCUUCACUGUCAUUCCAUUGUUUCAACAUGAGGCAUGUUCUAGUGAUGGGGGUAAUAUUGUGUGUUGUAAAUGGUAUUUUAUUUAAAAGGGGAGACUUUGGUGUAACAGGGAAUAUUUGUGACCACUAUUACAAGGACUUGUGUACAUGCAUCUGUACAUCGAUGUAACACCGUAUGAAUUCUCAUGUUUUUAUUGCUUCAUACUGAACGUAUUUGUAAUAUAUAGAACUAUUUAAUUGUGCUGUAGUCCGAUAGUACAUACAAACCCUUACAUACCAUGUGGGUGGCAAUUUGCAAAUUUAAAAAUAUAAAUUUUAUAAAGGAA